AUGGCCAAUGGCCGCAUCCGGUGUAUAGGUUCGCCGACCUUCCUCAAGCAACGCUUCACCACGGGUUACCACCUCCAAGUGAACAAGACGCCCCAAUGCAACCUGUUCGCCAUCGAGUUCCUGCUGCGCAAGUACGCGCCCCGGGCACAUCUGCAGAGCGACUCAGACAACGAGGCCAUGUUCGUGCUGGGGCAGAUCGUGGCCAUCAGGCACACCAUCACCAUGUUCAAGGAACUGGAGCAGCGCAAGGAGGAACUGGGCUUUGAGUCGCUGGGCCUGGCCGUCACGACGCUUGAGGACGUGCUCAUGCGGGUCGGUGAGGAGCACCACAUCCAACGACACCACAUGCAGCCGGACGCCGAUGACAACCAGGAAAUGAUCGAAGCCAGACAGUCGGUGAUAAAGGUGAUUGUGAGCACCAAGCGCUUCAAGCCGAGCCUGGUGAAGAAGACUUUCGCGCUGCUCUCGAAGCGGGCCAUCUGCACCCGACGCCAGUGGAGGAUGCCGCUGUUCAGCUGGAUCCUACCGCCACUCCUGCUCUUUCUGCUCUUCUUCCUCGAGAACGCGACCCUCCGAGGGAGCGGCUACGCCAGGGGCGGCAGGGACAACGAGCUGGGCUACCGCUUCCACAAAGUCCUCGGCUCUGGCCAUGGUUUCAUGCAGUACGACACGCAGUCCGAGUUCAUUGAGAAGUACCUCGGAAAUGUUCUGAGUGAGCAAAACUUUGAAGCGGUGAAUUUGCCUUCGGGAGUGGACGUCAUGGAGUACCUGCUGGACAUGGGUCGGACCACGCUGCGCGAAUACGUUUUCGACGAGCACGCUGGCUUCCAGUUUACCAAGCAAGCCGGAACGCUCCUGUGGUACAACGGGCAGAACCCCCACGCCGGCCUCUUGGUGCUCGUGGCGUACAACACGGCACGGUUGCGCAACUUGACUGGGAGCCCCAGGUCGCGCAUGACAUUCAGCGUACGCGCGCAUCCCGUGGCCCUGAUCGAGGAGGGCGAGGCCGAGCAGAACCAGAACACGUACCGCGAGGUGAUGCCCAAGAUUCUGCGCUCCAUCCUCUUCCCCAUGGUGUCCAGCCUCAUGUGCAGCAACUUCGUCAUCUUCCCCAUCACCGAGCGGGUGGUCCAGGUGAAGCACCUGCACCUCAUGGGUGGCGUGAGCACGCUCCUCUACUGGUCCGUCCACUUCUUCUGGGACUUCUUAUUCUACAUGGGCACGGCGCUCUUCGUGCUCCCACCUAUUCUUUUGCAGGCCGAAAGUUUCACGGACACAGACCUUCACGACUUGUAA